AUGUCGGGGCCCGGGUGUCCCACGCGGUGCUGCUCCUUCCCUGCGGUCCAGAAACGGCUCCCUGUCCUCCGCUGGCUUCCGCGCUACUCGCUGGCCUGGCUGCAGCUCGACGUGAUCGCUGGAGCGACCGUGGGCCUGACAGUGGUGCCGCAGGCGCUGGCGUACGCCGAGGUGGCUGGGCUGCCCGUCCAGUACGGCCUCUACUCCUCCUUCAUGGGCUGCUUCGUCUACUGCCUCCUGGGAACCGCCAAGGACGUGACGCUGGGGCCCACGGCCAUCAUGUCUCUGCUCGUCUCCUCCUACGCCUUCCACGACCCCGUCUACGCGGUGCUGCUCACCUUCCUGUCGGGCUGUGUCCAGCUGGCCAUGGGGCUCCUGCGGCUCGGCUUUCUCUUGGACUUUAUAUCCUGCCCAGUCAUUAAAGGCUUCACCUCAGCGGCUUCCAUCACCAUUAGCUUCAACCAGGUCAAGAACAUCCUGGGGCUGCAGGGAGUCCCCCGGCAGUUCUUCCUGCAGGUCUAUGAGACGCUGAGGAGGAUCGGGGAGACCAGGGCUGGGGACGCCGUGCUGGGGCUGUCCUGCCUGCUGGCGCUCACGGGGCUCGGCGCAAUGAAGAGCGGCCUCGGCAGAGCCGCCGGCGCGGAGCCGCUCUGCACCAGGGUCAGUUACUGCAUCGUCUGGACCUCCGCCACCGCUCGCAACGCCCUCGUGGUCCUCUGUGCCGGCCUGCUCGCCUACUCCUUCCAGGUGAUGGGCUGCCAGCCCUUCACGCUCACGGGCCGGAUCCCCCGCGGCCUCCCCGCCUUCCGGGUGCCGCUCUUCUCCAAGGUCACCCACAAUGGCACUGUCCCCUUCAGCAGGAUGGUACAGGACAUGGGGGCCGGGCUGGCCGUGGUGCCGCUCAUGGGGCUGCUGGAGACCGUCGCCAUCGCCAAGGCUUUCGCCUCGCAGAACGACUACCGCAUCGAGCCCAACCAGGAGCUGCUGGCCAUGGGUCUCACCAACCUCCUGGGCUCCUUCGUCUCGUCGUACCCGGUCACGGGCAGCUUUGGACGGACGGCGGUGAACGCGCAGACGGGCGUGUGCACCCCCGCGGGGGGGCUCAUCACAGGCGCCCUGGUCCUGCUCUCGCUGGCCUUCCUCACCUCCUUCUUCUAUUACAUCCCCAAAGCGGCGCUGGCCGCCGUCAUCAUCUGCGCCGUGACGCCCAUGUUCGACGCCGCGAUCUUCCGGACGCUGUGGCGGGUCAAGAGGCUGGACCUCGUGCCGCUGUGCGUGACAUUCCUGCUGUGUUUCUGGGAGGUGCAGUAUGGCAUCGUGGCCGGGGUGCUGGUCUCGGGGCUCCUCCUGCUCUACGCCAUUGCCAGGCCCCCCAUGAAGGUGUCCACGCAGGGAGAGCUCGUGGUGCAGCCCGGGAGCAGCCUGCACUUCCCGGCCGCCGAGUACCUGCGGGACACGGUGUGCAAGCACCUGCAGGCAGCACCGACUCCCGGCUCCGUCGUCCUGGACUGCCGCCAUGUGAGCAGCGUUGACUACACGGCCGUGCUGGGGCUGGCAGAGCUGCUGCACGAGCUGCGCAAGCAGGGCCUGGCGCUGACCCUCUGCGGGCUGCAGGACGACGUCCUCCGCACGCUGCUGGCCGCAGAGCUGCAGGAGUUUGAGCACUUCUCCAGCUGGCAGGUGGCAGGUGAGACAGGACCGGCAGCCCAAUGUGCAUCCCCAGGGAUAGGCAGGAGCGGGUGCUCCGAGCUUACUUGCCAGGAGGAGGAGAUGUGA